AUGCCUGUCCUCGCCAUCAAUUCAAAGGAUGGACAGGAUCUGGUCAUAGCCAGCAACAAGAAAGUCGUCGUCGCAAUCACAUCGCCCGAUCUCGCGCAAUGCAACGACGUGGGAAAAACAAUUGAGAAGCUCUCCGAAAUGUACCGGGACAUUGUUUUCGUCUCGGCCGACUACGGUGAAUUCGCCCCUAGGGUCGGAGGCGCCGCGAACUGUAUGGUCCCUUGGGUCAUUAUGUACAAGGAGGGGAACAUGAUCGAUGAAUGGAACUUUCCCAAGGAGACCACCCUCGCCGAUAAGGUUGAGGCGUUUGCUACGGAUUAA